AUGCGCGGGUCAGAGAACAGCUCGAGCGAGUCUGGCGGCUCGAGCGAGGAGGUGGUGCGGCGGCUGUCGUUUGACGAUGGAGGCGCCAAAGUGCGCGGUGGCAGCAGGCGGCGGGUGCGCGGGGGCAAGGGCAGGGGCAGGAGCAGGGGCAGGGGCAAGGAGAACAGGUCACCGGUAGACUCGAGCUCGGGCUCGGGGUAUGACUCGGGGUAUGGCUCGGGCUCGGGCUCGGGCUCGGGUUAUGGCUCGGGUUCGGGCUCGGGAACGACAGGCAGCGAUGGCUGCGGAGCGACCAGCCAGAGCUCGAGCUCGUCGCGGCGGAAGAGACGGAAGCGACGGGCAAGACGACGACGGAAGGCCGGGCUGAGGUCGGGAUCGGGAUCAAGAAGUGGUGGUGGGACAGGCACGGGUUCGAUCGACUUGAUGACGCCUGGUGAGGUGCUGGACAACCCGCGGUACGCAGACCUUGAUACGUUUGAGCGGUCGCUCUUGAUGUCGCCGGCCAAGCCUGUGCUGGUCAACAAAGAUGAGGUGCCGCGGAUCCGCGAGGGUAAGAAGAGCAAGCGGCGGUCGGGAUCGUCGACGCGGACGCCAAGCCGGGCGUCAACGCCGGCCGAGUCCUCCUCGGAGACAUCUGGACUAUCGGACGACUCGAGCGAGUCAUCGCAGGCCUCGCCCGUGGGGGGCAAGGCCGGGCACCGGCGCGGGCGCCGGGAUCGGUUGGCGGCACUCGAGUCGCGGGUCUCGUUCUCGCCAAGGGUCCAGGUCAUCCUCGCCGGCGAGACACCUGCAGCCAAUACGGUCUCUGUCGCUCACGAUCCCACACUGCGGCGGGGCGGGCGGGCAACGGCCAUGACAUCGACUUUGACAGCGUCGGACCCGGGCCGUACGCCGAAGGCCGCACCCACCGCCACCGCCAGGAGCGGGCGUGCUGCAUUGACUCUGGAUGGCAUUCCGCCCACCCCCGAGAAGGAGCCGCCAACAAGUGGACGGCGGGUCUCACGUCUCAAGCGAGCGUCACAGAACCAGCGGCGCUCACUCUCGGUCUCACAAGAGGGCGUGCCGGCCGUGGUGGCGUCGGUGGAUCCCGAGUCGGAAGUCGACCUGGUGACCCAGCCUGAGCCCGAGCCGGUGACCCAGCCCGAACCCGAGCUGGAGUCCGAGCCGCAGCUUGGGCCCGAGAUCGAGUUGGUGGGCGAGGUUGAGUUGGUUGGCGAGGUUGAGCUGGUGCCCGAGGUCGAGCCGGUGUCCGAGGCUGAGCCGGCGGUGGCCGCGGUCGAGCCGGCGGUGCCCGAGGUCGAGCCGGUGCCCGAGGCCGAGCCGGCGGUACCCGAGGUCGAGCCGGUGCCCGAGGCCGAGCCGGCGGUGCCCGAGGUCGAGCCGGUGCCCGAGGCUGAGCCGGCGGUGCCCGAGGUCGAGCCGGUGUCCGAGGCCGAUCCCGAGGCCGAUCCCAGACCUGAGCCGAUGCUUGAGCAGGCACCCGAGCCCGAACCCGAACCUGAGCCAAAGACCACACGCUCUCGGCGCGGCACAAAGGCAAAGGGAGCUGGCAAGACAAAGAAGGACACGAAGAAGACAAAGGCUGCGGCCAAGGCCAAGUCAACGCGAAACUCGUCGCGCAAGCGCAGGCGUGGCUCGCCCGAGCCAGACAACAGCGACCGCGACGAUGAGACUGCCGCGAGCGCCGAGGCUGCGGCCAAGGCCAAGUCAACGCGAAACUCGUCGCGCAAGCGCAGGCGUGGCUCGCCCGAGCCAGGCAACAGCGACCGCGACGAUGAGACUGCCGCGAGCGCCGAGGCUGCGGCCAAGGCCAAGUCACCGCGAAACUCGUCGCGCAAGCGCAGGCGUGGCUCGCCCGAACCAGACAACAGCGACGGCGACGAUGAGACUGCCGCGAGCGCCGAGGCUGCGGCCGAGGCAAAGGCCGAGGCCGAGGCCAAAGCCAUGGCGGAGGCCAUCGCCGUUGCAGAGGCCGCAGAGGCCAUGGAGGGGCGGUCGUCUCGUGGACGCCGCUCCCGACGUGGUAAGGCGCCUGUUUAUGCACCUCCAAACCUCGACGAUGGCUUUCCACCCUUGCUGUCAGAGUCAGAGGACGAGAGCUCGUCGUUUAGCAUUCACAACGAGGAGAGUGAUGACAGCGACGGCGGAGACGGGUCAUCCGAACUCGAGCCGCCGCCGCGGAAGCGGGGACGAACCAGGUCUGCGCCCAAGAAGAAGGCCACGCCGAGGAAAAAGGCCGCGCCCAGGAAAAAGGCCGCGCCCAGGAAAAAGGCCGCGCCUAGAAAGAAGGCCACGCCCAAGAAGAAGGCCACGCCCAAGAAGAAGGCCACGCCCAAGAAGAAGGCCACGCCCAAGGGUCGUGCAUCGCGGCGCGGCCGCUCAGCAAGCAGCAACCACGACGACGACGACAACGACGACGACGACGACGGCGGCGACAAUGACGAUGAGACAUACACCACCAACGGCAAUGACGACGAUGGUAACGACGACGACGACGACGACGACGAGCCGGUGCCAAAGCGGCGCAGAACAUCAGCCAGGAAGCCGGUGCCGCCCGUGGCCGCGCCUGCAGCGUCACGCAAGCGUGCGCUGCCGUCGGGCGGAUCGGCCAAGCCGCUCUCGCUUCCGGCGCGCAAACGUGCCAAGCCGCUGCUACCGUCUGGGGAGAGCAAGGGCCUUGGAGGCCUCAAGAUGCUCAGUGGAGGCGUCCGCCGCCGGAUGGGACUCUCGCGCCGCGGGGUCGUCCACUCACUCCACGGCUCCAAGUGAGAAUGCGACAAGUAAAUGACAAUUGACCUCAGC